AUGUUAAAAUUUUAAGUAAAUAUAAAAGGAUAGACUUUUGAUUUCGAAAUACCAAAAAGUGCUACAGUAGCAGAACUGAAAUCUCUUAUAGCAGAAAAACAAUAAGUAAUUUAUCUAUUCAAGUAGAUUUCAGCUCCUUUUGAUCUCUAUAUAUUUGAUCAACUUUUAAUAGAGGAAGGAACUGUUAAUAAGAUUAUAUAUAAUUGUAAAACAGAUUGUCUCGAAUUAAAAUUAAGGGAGAAGAUAAAAUUUAAAUAGUUCCAACAGUUUUUUAAUUAAGCUAAACCUAUUGUUUUGUGGAAAACUAUUUUAUCAACAAUAAAAUUUAUAGAUAAUUUUGAAGAAUUAAGAAAGUAAAAGACAUAAGACUUAAGUAAAGUAAGAAAUGUCAUUUCAUUCUUUUAAAAAGCACCUGUAUUAAUAAAAUAAAAGACAUCAAAUUUAUUAAGCAAAUUUACUGAUCGAGUUAAAGGAUAAACAACUAUUUUAAGUCAUAUUAAUAUGUAAGAAGAUGAUUUAGCUCGAAAUUAAAAUAAUGAUACUGUUCUAAACAUUUUAAAUAAUAUGGAAAAUCAAAAUGAGAGAGUAAAUUAUCAUAAAAUUUAAACAAAAUCUAAAAAAAAUAAAUAUCCCACUCCUAAAUUAAGUCCACAAUAAGAAUAAUAUUUGAUUAGAAAAAAGAGAGCUAUUUCUUUAUUACAAGAUCCUAAUUAAAGUGAAAAAGCUAAAAUGCUCAUUUAAGAGAUGAAAAAAUAAAAAGAAUAAUUAAAAAUAAAGAGAUAAGAACAUUUAGAUAAUAGUACUGAAAAAAUAGAAUUAAGUUUAGAACAUUAUAAAUAAGAAAGAGAAAUCUUAAUAUAAAAAAUCACUAAAGAUAAAAGAAAUAGAAUUAUUGAAAGACUUAAUGAAAAUUAAAAGAAUCAUGAAAUACAAAGAUAAUUUAAUAAAAAGUCUCAAUAACUGAUAAAUGAAUUAAAAAAUAGAAUAAAAAAGCAACAAGAUUCUGUUAAAAAUAAGGAUGAUUAAUUAAAAUAGAUUUAUUUUGAAGAAGUAAAGGUAAAAUAGAUUUUUUUAAAGCUAGUUAAAACUUCAAGAGAAAAAGAAGUAAGCUUAACCAAUAAGAUUAUCAGAAUUAAAUUAGCAUGAAGAACAUUACUUAGAGAAUAGAGAAAUGCUUAAAUUGUAAAGGGAUUAAAAAAAAUUGGAAUGGGAAAUAAAAAUUAAAUCAGAAACUAAAUCAAUGUAUAAAGACUAAAAAGUCUUAUAAGAAGUUAAGAAAAUUGAUUAAUAAGUUAAGAAUAAAGAUAUUUUAGAAUUAAAGAAAAAAUAGGAAUUUAAAAUAAGAAAAUAAAAAUAUUCUGAAAUAAUUCAAGAAUUUCACAGACCCAUUAAUAUUAGUAAAAUGGAUAUUUUAGAAUCAAUUGAUGAUUAUUCAAUUAAUUAAUCUAGAGAUUCUAGAAUAAAAUAAGUAGUUUAAUAUCAAAAUAAGUCUUAGUUUGUCGAAUAAUUAGUAAAUUAACGAAUCUAAAAAAACAGUAUUUUUUUAAUUUAAGCUAUAAGUUAAAAAAAUUUAAUCAGCAUUAAGUUAAUAGCAUAUAACACCAAAGACUAAAAUUACAGAGUAACUUUAAUAAGGAAAAGUACCUGAUGCUAAUACUUAUUUUCAUUUACGAGUACAUACACCUUAGAAAAUAAUAAUUGAAGAGAGUAUAAUAAAGAAAAAACCAGAUUAUUUAAGAGAAUUUGAAAGAGAAAGAAGGUCUUUGAAUCAAUCUGUUUUACCAUCUGUUUCAGGAUUAAACAAGUACAAUUUGAUAAUAUUGAUAAAAGGAAAAUAAGUCCUUAAUAGGAAAUGCACCUACUUUAAAGAUUAGAAGAGGAAGCAAAAAAGAAGGAAUAACUAGCUCAUAUCAGUUAAAACGAUGAUUUAUAAAUAGAGGCUACAGAUUUAUAUUUAAGGAGUGUUUAAGCAAAAUUGUAAUUUUUGGAUAAGAAAUUAUCAAAUUUUUGA